AUGGACAAAGUGAAUUAUUACUACGGGAACAUUUCGAGAGAGACUGCUGAAUGGAUCCUAUGUGAGCGCGGUUGCAAAGACGGACUCUAUCUGCUGCGGAAGUCCAAAGACGACUACGUUUUGUCAUUGUGUUUCGAGAAAAGCGUGCUCCACUACCGGAUUUCGUGUCUUCCCGACGGUGGUUUCGCCCUUGCUGGAACUCAAGACCAAGUCUUCGGAGAUCCCUUGCAGCUCGUCGAAAACGUGGAGGGACUCGCCACGAAGCCUCUCCACCCUUGCCAGCGAUGCGUCGAGGCAAUCCUCCCACCCACCUACUGGGGUCUAUCGGAGGAGCAAGUGAAGAAGUUCAUCCUCCUGAGGUCACGUCAGUGGGGUCUUGACGAGAAUCGUUUGGAGAACCUGACUCAACAAGAUGCCGCGGAUCUCCGUGUGCUCAUUAGCAAAACACUGCACGAAAUACAGCCGUGGUUCCAUGGACCCCUGAGCCGGUUAGAAGCUGAGGCUCGGAUCGAAGAAGCCGGUCAUGCGGACGGACGCUUUUUGAUCAGGGAAAGAGACGAUUCUAGCUAUGCACUAUGCCUCAGUCACGCAUUCUCUGUGAAGCACUACAAGGUUGAUGUGUUGUCGAGUGGAGAGUUUGCCAUUCAAGACGGAUACGCUUUCCCUAGUCUGAUGUCGCUCGUCAGCCAUUACACACUGUUCGCCGACGGCUUGUGGUGUCCGCUGAUCGAGGCAAUUGUCAGACCAGAUUCAUUAGAUGAGAAUACUUUUUUGAAGAAUAUAUCGAAGGCGACGCGUCAUUUUUUCAACAAGUCUCCGAAAUCGAAGCUCUUCGGAACAAUUCCGAACAAGGGUCUCCUCAACAAAAUCGUCUCCUCGAUAUCCACUCAAGCGACCAAUACUUCAUACCGUUCCUCAAAGACGUUGCCAAGAUUGAGUCAGAUGCGCAGCGCGGAGUCGGCUUGUUGUGGAGACGAGAACUGCUAUCCCGGGACAUUAGAUGGCAACUGUAAAGCGUCAACGAAGCUUCAGAAAUCUUCCUCUAUCGACCAUGUCUUACCUGGCUUCAUCCAAUACUUCAUGUCCCUAGAUGGCACAAUGAGGAGGGGUCGAAAGUGUCACGAGAGCAAGCUGCUCGAUGAGCUGGCUUGUGAACAAGCUCGAAGCAUGGAGCAGCACUACAACCAUUACGGAAUGACCGUACCUCUGUCCUCCGAUGGGAGUCCCCGGGUGUUGACGGAAAAUUGUUGUUCGGGACCCAUGUCCGCUCCAGUCCCAGCUCCACGGACCUCUCUAGCUCGACGAGAUAUCCUGACCGAAGAAGAUCCUGUCUACGUGAAUAGAGAGCCCGACGGUUCUGAAGCGACCUACGACUACUCACCGCGACGUCUCUCGCUUGAUAUGAAUUUCGAGGACAGACGCAACCAGCAGUUCAGUGGACUGUUGGCAUACCGGAAACCGAUGAAGAUCCCCAUCGACCUAUCGCCCUCGCCACCCCUGAUCGAUCUAUCCGAGGCAAAUUACGAGGAGAUUGACUCUCUGAUCGAGAAAUGUCCGAGGCUCAUUCGCGACAAAUUGAAGAGAGACACCCCGGAUGAGAACGUCGAUAUACCGCAAGUGGACGAAAUUCCCCGGGAUCGUUUGGAGCGAACAAUAGCCGAAGCCAUCAAGGAGACGUCGAAUCAAAUAAUUCAGGAAAUAAAAGCCGAAAUCCGAGCAGUUGAAGGAACCUCAGAAAACUUGGAACGGAGAAACAGCUCAUCUCUGGACGAUUUCGAUCCUCUCUGCGCAGACAACCUCAGUGGUCCUCCGUCGCCCGAGAGGCAAAGGAAUUUCGCUCAAGCUCUCGCCGAUGUGCUGACUCAGGAACAAUCCGAAAUGGCCUACAACGAGGUCAAGAAAUGUCUCAACGGUUUCGUGAAAAUUCAGCGAGAUCACAUUCAGCUGAUCGAAAUGUUCGGUUGCGGCAACUUCGGUCAAGUGCACAAAGCCAUCCUUAAACACGAGGGAAAUGAGAUUCCAUGCGCAACAAAGUCUUUACGUGCGGAGUUCUCCCAGACUUCAAUGGGAGCUCUCAGCCAGGAAGCAGAUCUUUUGGCUUCGCUCGACCAUCCUCACGUUGUUCGCUUGUUUGGCGUAUCGGAGAUAGAUACGGGACUCAUGAUGGUGAUGGAGCUAGCGCCGUUAGGACCUUUGAAUCGAUUUUUGCGCUACAAUAGGGAAACUGGCAUCGGUGUGAUAUUGAAACUAAUGCUCCAAGUUGCUCUCGCCAUGGAGUAUUUAGAGCAGAGAAAUUUUGUCCAUCGAGAUCUCGCGGCGCGGAACGUACUUCUAGUGAACACGCAAUUUGCGAAAAUAUCUGAUUUCGGCAUGAGCCGGACGUUGGGGAUCGGGAGAGAUUAUUACAAGGCCGAAGCAGCCGGCAAAUGGCCGCUCAAAUGGUAUGCACCGGAGUGCAUCUACUACUUUAGAUUCAGCACCAAGUCGGACGUUUGGAGUUACGGCGUGACUCUUUGGGAAGCUAUGAGCUAUGGUGAACGACCAUACAAGAACCUCGCCGGCCAGGACAUUCUCGUCAUGUUCGAAAGCAAUAAACGACUCGAAAUGCCCGACGAGUGUCCCCCCGAAGUCUAUGACAUCAUGUGGAAAUGUUGGGCAUACAUGCCCGAGGACCGUCCUGACUUCAGUGAAGUUUGUCAACUCAUGCAAGCCGCCAUAGAAGCCAACGAUGGGAAAACGCCGACGAAUUCAGAAUUCGGGCAACAUACGGAUUUCCCGCCACCACCAUCUGAACUACAGUUGGAACCCAGCACUGUUGUCUCUUCAUUGAGUCCAGUGGAGGAGGUCGAGAUUGAAGACGGAAUUGAGUAA